AUGGGAGGCAUUACACUGUUACUUGCCGGAGAUUUUCGACAGACACUACCCGUUGUUCCACGGGGGAUACGAGCUGAACAAAUGCAUGCAUGCUUAAAAUCAUCAUAUAUUUGGAAUGAAAUUCCCAGACUUCAUCUUAGAACUAAUAUGAGAGUUCAGAUUAAUGGAGAUACUACGGAUCAAGAAUUUGCUGACAAUUUGCUGAAACUAGGAAAUGGAUUCUUCACCCCAGAUAAAAAAGAUAAAUGCAUAUCACUGGAAUGUAUUGGAAACAUCGUGAAAAGCCACCAAGACCUUUUACUUGCAAUAUUUCCUUACUUAAGACAGCACUUCACCGAUCACAGCUGGCUAUGUGAAAGAUUCACUCUUGUACCAAAAAAAUGA